AAUAAAAACUCCUUCUUUAUUUCUCUCCCAAACCAUAAAAAAAAAAGAAAAAAGAAAAACAAUUCUCCCCCCUUCGAAUUCCGUACACACCCUCUCUCUCCAGUGAAUUUCAUUGUCAAUAGAGCUCCCUUCAGUCAAGAACACACUCUGUUUAUAGAUAUAGACAACAAGAUUCAAACUUUUUAUUUAUUUAUUUUGUGCUGAUAGUUAGAGAAUAAAUUUUGGAAAGAGAUUGUUUUUCAAUGGCAAACCCAUCCGGGACACAUAAUCAAGAAGGCAAUCAGGGUCCUUCUUCAUUCAAUGGAAGUAAUCCAAAUAAUGGUAAUUUGGGUCAAGACCCUUCUUCUGGUUCAUCUUUGAAGCAUAAUCCUGGUAUAUCAAAUGAUUGGACUGGUGAAGAACAGGCAAUUCUUGAAGAAGGGUUGGCUAAAUAUGCAAUGGAAACAAACGUAGUACGUUAUGCAAAGAUAGCUUUGCAGCUACCAAACAAGACAGUCCGAGAUGUUGCUUUGCGUUGCAGAUGGAUGACUAAAAAGGAAAAUAGCAAGCGAAGGAAGGAAGAUAAUCUAGUACGGAAAAGCAAAGAUAAAAAGGAAAGACAUAAUGAUCCUUCUGCAAAGACUUCUAACUUCAUGGCUACCCGCCCCAAUGUUACUCCAUUUGCAACUCCAAUGAUGCCACUGGACAGUGACGAAGGAAUCUCGUAUGAUGUAAUUGGUGGAGUUACAGGAGAGCUUCUUAAUCAAAAUGCACAGACCCUCCAUCAAAUUUCUGCAAACCUUGCAAGUUAUCAGAUACAAGAGAACCUCAGUCUUCUACGCCAAACUCGUGACAACAUCUGCAAAGUUAUGAAUGAGAUGGAUGAUGUGCCAGAACUCAUGAAGCAGAUGCCACCACUUCCAGUCAAGUUGAAUGAUGAUCUAGCAGACACCAUCCUCCUGCCUCCAAACCUUCCCAGGCAAUAAUUAUCUUCAGUCAGUUCUCAAGAUGCGAUCAAACCUUCUAAUGCAAGCAUCAGUCUGCCUGUAGAAAUAACUGCCGCCAAGCUGACCAUCAAUUUCCAAUCGGAAAUCCGCCCCUAGCUCAGCAUGCUGUUAACUGUAUAAUGGCUUCUAGUUCUUUCUUUCUUUUAACUUUUACCCUCAUUAUAGUUUUUCUUCAAAGUAGUUUGUGCCUUGGGUUUUGCGUAGAAACUUAGGGAAUUAGUAAUAAUAAUAAUGAUUAGUGCUUGAUGAAAAAAAUUUGUGUUUUUUUUUUUUUUUUUUAAAUCUUUUGAUCAGUGUUGUGCCAAGUAUAUAUGAAGGUAAUUACCUUUUGAGAUGACAACUUCAGGGAAGUUUGUGGAGUUUGGUGUGCUGUAUUUAGAUAAGCUUUUGUCACAAGGAAAAACCCUCCCAUCUGUUUUAUUUA